GCUCGACCUCACCGUCGCUUCGAACUCGCUCGACCCAACAACCGGUGUAUCUGUACUAUGUGUAUACUCCUCCCGACAAACACAACCAGCUGUUGACCGACUGAAAACAGAAAUAAAACCGGCGCGUCGCGUUAAAAUGGCUGCCGUUUCGAACGUGAUCAAAAGAGGUUUUUCUACCAAUAUCGCGCUCAACGCCAUAAAAAAUGUCACGGUUAUCGGCGGCGGAUUGAUGGGAUCCGGCAUUGCGCAGGUAGCUGCUCAAGCCGGCCAGAACGUAACUCUAGUAGACGUAAACGCGGACAUAAUAAAAAAAUCCGAGAGCAACAUCCAAUCCAGCCUGGCUCGCGUCGCCAAGAAGCUGCACAAUGGCGAUCAAAAAUUCGUCGCCGACACCAUAUCCCGGAUCAAAUUCGACGUGGACCCGUUGAAGAACAUCUCCGAAGCCGAUCUCGUCAUCGAAGCCGUCGUCGAGAACAUGACCAUCAAGCACAAAUUGUUCAAAAGCCUGGACGAGGCGGCUCCAACCAAAACAAUAUUCGCCUCCAACACCAGCUCUUUGUCCAUCGGGGAAAUCGCCUCGGUAACCAAAAGGAAAGACAGAUUCGGUGGACUGCAUUUCUUCAAUCCUGUAGCUGUAAUGAAGCUGCUAGAAGUCAUCAGAAUUCCGGAAACCAGCGAUGCAACUUACACAGCGAUGAUGGAUUGGGGUAAAUCGCUGGGAAAAUCUUGCAUUACAUGCAAGGAUACGCCCGGAUUCGUCGUCAAUAGACUGCUAGUACCUUAUCUAGCCGAAGCAGCUAGGUUACUAGAAAGAGGGGAUGCUAAUGCUCGAGAUAUAGACACGGCGAUGAAAUUGGGCGCGGGUUAUCCAAUGGGGCCGCUCGAAUUGGCGGAUUAUACCGGUCUCGAUACAUGUUUGUUCAUUUUGGACGGUUGGUAUAAAAAAUACCCCGACAACGCUCUGUUCAAAUGCCCGGAUAACUUGAGGAAAUUGGUGCAAGACGGCAAAUUGGGCAGGAAAACCGGAGAAGGGUUCUACAGUUAUAAAAAAUAAGUAUAUGUAAGUAUUGUGCUGUGAGUAAAUAAAUUGUGUAUUUUAGAUAAA